AUGUUUAUUUAUGCUACUAUGGGUGCAAUACACUUAUUGCAAUGUUUAAAUGUUUACGCCCUUGAUAAAUGCCCUAGUUUCUGCAGCAGAUACUCGUUUAAAUAGCCGGUGCACAUCGCUUUAUUAUCAGUUACUCGAUUAGACAAAAUUCGUAUCACUCGCCCUAGCUGAUUGCCUUCAUCAAAUUGACUGACAGUACGUAGAACGACACUAGUUGUCAAGUUGAAUACUUACGAGCAGGACGUAAACAAACAACAUUAUUGAUAAAAUACAAUAACUUGUUUGCUAGAAUCAGUGCAUAUUUUAAUACACCUUUGAGUGUGUUUUAUAUCAACUUUUUCAAAUAUGCCGAGAAAAAGAUCACUGAAGCCGGCGAAAGUAGACCCACUAACCUGCAAACCUUUAGAUAGUUACAGUGAAAUAUUGUUAUUUCUGGAGAAUCCACCACCUUGGAGGACUUUGUGCCAGGAGCUGAGACCACAUAGCGAAUACUUUAUACGAAACAUAGAAAUAAAUAGAAAUAGCAAUUAUCAAUCGCUUGAAACGCCGGAAACUUUUUGUCACUUCAAUCCGGAUGCGGAAGAGCCUAACCGCUAUCAUGGAAAGAAAUUGCGCAAGACGAUGGUCUGCCAUGACCUGGCAAACGGGUAUCACGAUGAUAGUAUGAUAGAUGGAACAGGAAAUCAUGAAGCAUACACAUUUUACAACUGGGCUGGAAUAGACAUAUUUUGUUACUUUAGUCAUCAUUUAAUCACGAUACCUCCGCUGGGCUGGAUAAAUGUUGGACAUGCACAUGGUGUUAAAGUAAUUGGCACCGUUAUCACGGAGUGGGCUGAGGGGAUCACGUUCUGGGACCAAGUGCUGGACUCGGAGCUAGAGUACCACAACCUGGCGAGCGCGCUGGUUGCUAUCGCUAAAACACUUAAGUUCGAUGGCUGGCUCCUUAACGUCGAGAAUAAGAUCGCGAACCCGGAAGUGCUGCUGGACUUCGUGCGCUACUUCCACUCGCUGCUGCACCAAGAGCUGCCGCACGCCGUGCUGGUGUGGUACGACAGCGUCACCAUACAGGGCAACCUCAACUGGCAGAACGGCCUCAACGAGAGGAACAAGGCAUUCUUCGACGCGUGCGACGGGUUCUUCACGAACUACUCGUGGACGGUGGCGGACGUGGCGUCCAGCGCGGAGGCGGCGGAGCAGCGCGUCACCGACCUCUACAUCGGCAUCGACGUCUGGGGACGGAACUUCUAUGGCGGGGGACAGUUCAACACGCAAGAGGCCAUCCGCGUGGCGCACCAGGCAGGCUGCUCGCUGGCCAUCUUCGCGCCGGCGUGGUCGUUCGAGGCGCAGACCUCGGACAAGUCUGACAACAACUACGUGACUAAGGCCGAUACCCUGGACAGCUUUGGGCAGUCCAUGCUCCGAGACAGGGCUCUCUGGGGCAGCUUUUGGCCCUUCUUAAAUACCCGCUUGCCUUGUCAAAUGCCUUUCCAAACAUCCUUCUGUAGGGGAAUGGGAAAAAAACGACGACUUUACGGAGAGACACUGAGCCCCAUGCCGUGGUUCAACCUACGCCACCAGCAGUACCAGCCCAACGCGGCGCAUGGCCCGCACGGCUACAUCCUCUCCACUGCUGACAGGAUCAUUAAGCGCAGCCUGCACUCCAAGGAUAAGAAGGGUAUCAUCAAAGAGCAGAGCGAGUUCCACACCAUGCGGCAGGAGCUGCUCGCGAUCCAGAAAGAAGAGAUGAUGUCCAACGAGAGCGAGAGGGAGGAAGACGAGGACACGGCGGACAGCGCGCACGAGGCCGAAGUCGACACUCGACCACCUGUUAAGAAUAAAAUGAAGGAUGCUCUAUUAAAUUUGUUCAAACAAAAGCCUAUUAAAAUAACUGGCGAUGAGGAGCCGCACAAAGUUACUAAGUUACCUGAUAAAGUAGAUGCACCCAGUGAACCUGUCCCGCAUCGCGUAACACAUAUUAAAGAGACACACGGCGAAGAUGCUAAAUCUGUUCAAAGCGCUGGAGAGAGAAAAAUAGAAAUAAAAUAUGAGAAAUUAGGGGAGUCGCUGGCCGGGCCCAGCAACAGCUUCACGGACCACUGGCACGGGACCUCCAUGCAGCAAAUGUCGGUGAACCUGCGGCUCGGGCACACGUCCGAGAAGACGCGCUACUGCCUGGCGCGGGUUCCGCAGGAGCGCGAGUGCCUCGAGCUGUUCCUGGACGACAGCUUCAUCGGCGGCAGCUGCCUCAAGAUCAACCCCUCCGACAAGCUGGACUCCGAACACCGCUUCACCAGGCUCUUCUACUGCGACUUCAAGUGCGAGGACACGCUCGUGUUCUGCGUGGUCACCAAGGUGCUGUCGCAGUACAUGGACCAGACGCUCAACGUGAACCUGUACAUGCGCAACGCCUCGGACGAGAGCCUGACCGUGGUGCUGACGGGCCGCAACGUGGCGCAGACCGCCAAGCUGGACGCCAGCUCCAGCGGCGUCAAGUACGUGUACCCGCUCAACAUGGCCUCCGAACAGGUCUUCCAAGAGCUGCGCACCUACCUGCUCAUCAACGAGCCCGGCUUCUACGUACCCGUAGAGAACGAUUACGACUGGGAAGUCAGGUACUACCAGGUGCGCAUCCCGGGGUCGCGCCUGAUGUCCAUCAACCUGCGCACCGGCUUGCCGCAGGGGGGGAUCCUCUUCGGCCACUUCGGUAUCUGCCACAGAAUUCAAACUUAACGUAGUGUUGUGAUGCGGCGGUCUCCUGCAGUCUCCUGCGAGAACACUUAUAACCAUUAUUUAUAGUUAGCAAACAUUAAACUUUAUUAUGUACCAUAUUUUAUAAUUAUGUCAUACAAAUAUAAAUAAAUAUUUUAUUA